AUGUACCGCCGCCCGCGCUCAGCACCGAAGCUGCAGGGUUUGCCGCGGCGACCGCCCGUCAGCUCCGCAGCCGCCCCGCCUCGGGCCCGCCCCUCGGCGCCAGGCGCCCAGCGCCGGGCCCGCCCCCGGCCGCGGCCCACACAGCGCCGACCCUUCCCGCGGCGCGCUGGGCCUCGCGCCCUCCUAGAUAUUAUAUUAGGGCGCGGGCGACCGACUGACCUUCUCGGUCCGCGCCUCCGAGUGCAGCCGGCUCACCGGGCGCUGUCACGAACGCGGGCCUUUAGCGCGUUCGCGCGCCUCUUCAGGCGCUCGAACCACUCGCACCCGACUCCAUCCCUUCCCGCGUGCGGCGGCGCGGCUGUGGCGACCUCAGCCUGA